AUGCAGCACAGCUUUGUGAACUUCCUUGUAGAGAGCUACGGCAGCGUUGAGGCCAAGAAGCUCUUAGAGGCCUCCCACAACAUCCUCGGCUCGCACGACGACGAGGGUCUGGGUGCGCUCUUCAGCAGCUCCCAGGGCGGAGCCAUGUCGUCCGGCUUCGGUGAAGGCUCCAAGAUCUUCGGUCUCAAGCAUGUGGCUGGCCCAGAGUGGCAGAGUGGCAGGGAUGCCAAGCAGAACAAGGCACAUCAACAUACUGUCUUGCGACCGCAUGGCCUGCUUCUGUCCGGUGCACAGGAGAAGGUGGAUGUGUGGCUCACUGAGCAGCUUAAGUUCACGCGCGACCAGUUGGACAAAAAGUCGCGGCAGUGCGAGCAACUGGAUGCGGAGCUUCGGCGCCUCAAGGAGCAACAAAGACAGUUUGUGCGACCAGAGGAGUUAGAAGCUCUGCGGGACUCGCACCGACAGGAGCUCGAGCGGCUUUCGCAAGAGCUUGCCAGCGAGCGGGACCUUCACCAGGAGGCCUCGAGGUUGCUGCAAGGUCAGCGGGAGCAGCGGGAUGCGAAGGUGCAGAUGCUCCAAGAGGAGCUUCGCAACCUCAGCGACGGUUUGGCACAGAAGGAGGAGGACAUUCUCAACAUCCAGUUCAGCAUGGUCGAACUCCAGAAUCGCUGCAGUGACCAGGGCGCCCUGGUCGUGGAGAACGCGGACGCCUUCCAGAAGGCUUCAGAGGAGCUGGCGGAGAAGGAGGAGGCCCUGGAGCAAGCAAUCCAGAGGCAGCAGGAGCUUCGCCAGCAGAUGAGCGCCGCAUCGACACAGCUCCAGGGACAGGUCCGGCAGCUCUCAGAAGAGCUGGAGCACAGCCAGGCUGCGAAGUCCACGGCGCAGGCGGCCGUAAACAGGCUGCAGGAGGAGAACGCUGCCCUUGCAUCACAGGUCCAGCAGGUGACUAGUGAGCUGGAGUCUGCACGCGAGAAGCUGCGGGAGCAGGAGGCCGCUGCGGAGCGCAGGCAAUCCCAGCUGGAAGAUGAGAUCCAGGGCCUAGUGCAGCUCGUCUCGAAGUCGCAGGGCCAGGCGCAGGCGCAGGACAGCUGGCCGAGCCCCACAUUCGCACUGGAUGGCAGAGGGCGCUGCGACUUGGAGGAUCAGCAUAGUGCUGACCAUGGGGCCGGAGGUGCCGGGCCGAGCUUCUGCGAGCCAACGCCCUUGGUGCCCUCGGUGCUCAUCGCUGCAGAGAUUGACCUGGGUGCUGCCGGUGGGCGCGCCACCCUGACGGUUUCUCCGUGGCAGACCAGCUCCGACUACAACUCGGUGGUCAAGGAGUUCUUGGCCCACCACCGGGUCAAGCCCAUCUUCGAGCAAGCCGUCGUGCUUUACCUGGAGGCCCGGCGACUGACGUGUGCUGGACAAGUCAGAUCUGGAGAGGAGUGCCACGACCUUCCCUCUGCUUGUGAAGGCAGGCUUGCCUCUGCCGUCAUGUGCCGUCAUAUGCUCGCAGCAGUGACCCUUGAUCCUGCGACCGCCUGUGCAGGCCUCGUUAGCGGACAUUUACAGCCGAUACGGCUGAGAUGGACUGAGGCGGCUGCAAGGUGCUGUGAACUCUACGCCCUUUACCACCGCAAGAACCCCUCACUUUCGCAUACCUCAUGCAGCGCCUGUCAUCUCCCGCCGAAAUUUGUGAGUGCUAAUUAUUUGGACCUUGUAUGUGCAGCCUGCCGGAAGUGUGGCGCCGCACUCAACGAGGGCGUGCCCCGGGUGCAGAGUGGAAAUAUGUGGGAAUCACUGCCCCCCAUGGUCGCAGACGUCAAUAUGAGUACACAGAAGUUGGCAAACAAGUUCGUUUUCGGAUGCCGAGCUUUUCAACUCUGCAUCCUUGGCUUUUGGGGACUCCAUGGGACUCCGAAGACGGCUCACAGCGCCUCUUUCAAAUCGGCCUGCUGCUGUGAGUCUAUCGGAUCUAUCGCUUUUCAGGAGAGCCUCCAAGGAGGGCUCCUGCUGGUGGCUGCUCGUGGCUGCGUGGCUGGCGACGUGGCUAGAGCUAGUGUCCCCUUAGUGCCCUUCGCGGCGUCGUUUCGCGGUGCUGCGCAACGCUGCCUCAGGCUGAGCCAGUCGAUGUACGGCAGCCUUCCACGGUGCGUCUCAGCACUCAGAGCACUCGCCGGUGCCAAAGAGUGGCAACAUGCCACCGAGCUGCUGCAGGAGAUGCGCAUGCACAGCCCACUGCCGGAUGCUACCGCGGUGAACGCAACCAUCGGCGCCUGCUCCCGCGCCGCAGCCUGGCCCCAGGCCCUGCAACUGCUCGCGGAGAGCAGUGAUGCGAAUUCCGCGAACGUCAUCACUUUCAAUGCCACAGUCACGGCGUGUGCCCGGGGACGACAGUGGCAGGUGGGUUUGACUGUCGUACAGGACAUGUUGCGCAGCGGUAUCCAGCCCAGCCCAUCGACGUGGGGAGCUGCCGCAGCUGCCUGUGAGCGAGGCUCCCACUGGGCUGGGGCGUUGCAGGUGCUCGACGACAGCCGGACGCACGCGAUCGAGCCGCACGUGAUCACUCUCAGCGCUGUGAUCAAAGCAUGUGGUGCUGCCUUGCGUUGGGCCUUAAGUCUUUCGCUCCUGCACGAAGGGCAAAUGAGUGGCAUUGACUUGGAUGUCAUCACCUUCAACUGCGCACUCGGGGCGUGUGCCCGCAGUGCCAGGUGGCAGGAGGCGCAGUCUCUGCUGGGCGAGAUGGAGAGAAUUCAUUGCCUGCCUGAUGCAGUCAGCCACAAGCUGGUUGAUGCUUGUGUGGUGGACGGUUCAGCAACGUCAGCAAGCCAUGCUGAGGUAUCCGGCUCCAGCAGACCGCAGGCCGUGUAUCGGAGGAGCGUGUCACAAGACAAACGAGCUUUGGAUGGAAGGGUGUACGGGCACGAGCCUGUACUUUGCAGGGCAGUGGUGGAAGCCUUGCUCAGCUCCAAAACGGAUGCAGAGCACCUGGUUGACACCACCUUUGGCCGCGGCGGCCACUCGAGGGCCUUACUUCGCCAUCUCCCGAGAACUUCGAAGGUGUUUGCCUUCGAUGUGGAUCCAAGCGCGGUAGCAGAGGCGGAGCGCGUGGCCUCCACAGACCCGCGGCUCAUGCCCAGGCAUGCAGCCUUCAGCAGCCUUGACGAGGUGUUGCCUCCCGAUCUCCUUCUCCGGGGCGUCCUCGCGGACCUUGGUGUGUCCUCGACGCAGCUUGAUCGAAAGCACCGGGGCUUCUCGCCCAUCGAGGAUGGCCCGCUGGAUUUGCGCAUGAAUCCGGACUUCGGCCUCCCGGCCUCUCAGUGGCUGGACACCGUGUCGCCAGAAGAGCUGGCGUGGGUGCUGCGAGAGUAUGGCGAGGACCGCGAUCCACUCCUUGCUGCCCGACUGGCCGAGGCCAUUUGCGCCCGACGCCCUUUGCAAAGCACGUCGGAGCUCGCUGAGGUCGUGGCUGAAGUCAAGGCAAAGACCCUUGGCAAGAACCCCUUCGAGCAGCCAGCGAGGCUGACUUUCCAGGCAAUUCGAUCCCACCUCAACAAGGAGUUUUCGGAGCUCCGCGCUUUGCUCGCAGCCAUUGCGCCCCGCCUGGCUGUGGGUGGACGGGCCGUGCUCAUCUGCUUCAAGUCGAAGGAGGUCUCCACGGUGCGCAACUGGCUCCGUCAACAUGAGGAGCCGAGCCGCGACAUGGUGGCAGGCUGGCCGGAGGAGCAGUUGCUGUCCCUUUAUCCACUCCUCCAACGCACCUUCGAGGAGCAACCCUGGUGCAUCAGGGAGGCAGAGCGGCCGCUGAAGCCAGAACCCGCGGAGGUUCAGGCGAACACUCGUGCCCGCAAUGCUCGCGCUCUGGUGCUUGAGAAGUGUCCCCGAUCAUUUUCGCACUUGUAG